CUACCCUCGCACCUUCUCUUGGUACCAGGAAUUCGGGCUCUGCUGCGAAGCCAGACAGCCUGGGUUGGAAAGUGAGGGCGCAUCCAGGAGGGGAAGUGGGGCCCCUAGGGUGGCUGGAUGCGGCUGAGCCUUGGAAAGCCUUCUUUAAAUGCCCGGGCCUAUCUCCUCUACUGUCGCGUUUCCCCACCCGGCUGAAUGGAUCGCUCCGCCUAUUUCCUCCCCGGCUCUUUGGGUGCAAUGGAACGUUCCAUUGCCUCCCCGGUCCCCGGUCCGCGUUGCAGGGGACGCUGGCUGGGUUACCAGGGAAAGCCCCGGACGUGACGGCUUUGCCCAACCCCGAGCAGCCUUUCCCCCAUCCCGUCCGUCAUCCCCCUGCGCGCUCUCCUGGUCCCCUUUUCCCUCCCACCCGGUGGAUUCCAGACUGGGUACAAGUAAACAGCUGGAGGGGCGAAGCCUCCAGACCCAGGCCAGGUGGGAGCAUGCCGGGGCGAUGGAGGCAGAGGCUUCCCUGCGCGUGGACGUUGCUCCUCCUGCCGUUCCUGUGGCCGCUGAUGCCCGCAGCCCCCGCGCCCCACCGCGUGUCCUACAAGCCAGUGAUCGUGGUGCACGGCCUGUUUGACAGUUCGUACAGCUUCCGCCACCUGCUGGGCUACAUCAAUGAGACACACCCCGGGACUGUGGUGACAGUGCUUGAUCUCUUCGAUGGCAGAGAGAGCUUGCGGCCCCUGUGGGAACAGGUGCAAGGGUUCCGAGAGGCAGUGGUCCCCAUCAUGGAAAAGGCCCCGGAUGGGGUGCACCUCAUCUGCUACUCCCAGGGGGGCCUGGUGUGCCGCGCUUUGCUGUCUGUCAUGGAUGAGCACAACGUGGAUUCCUUCAUCUCUCUCUCGUCUCCGCAGAUGGGGCAGUAUGGAGACACGGACUAUUUGAAGUGGCUGUUCCCGACCUCCAUGCGUUCUAACCUCUAUCGGGUCUGCUACAGUCCUUGGGGCCAGGAGUUUUCCAUCUGCAACUACUGGCAUGAUCCUCACCACGAUGACUUGUACCUCAAUGCCAGCAGCUUUCUGGCCCUCAUCAACCGGGAGCGAGACCAUCCCAACGCCACCGCAUGGCGGAAGAACUUCCUUCGCGUGGGCCGCCUGGUGCUGAUUGGGGGCCCUGAUGACGGAGUUAUCACCCCCUGGCAAUCUAGCUUCUUUGGUUUCUACGAUGCCAACGAAACUGUCUUGGAGAUGGAGCAGCAGCCGGUGUACCUUCGAGAUUCCUUCGGGUUGAAGACUCUCUUGGCCCGGGGGGCCAUCGAGAGGUGUCAGAUGGCUGGGAUCUCUCACACUACCUGGCACUCCAACCGCACGCUCUACGAUACUUGCAUCGAGCCGUGGCUCUCUUGAAGAUGUCCUCCGGAGGGGUCUCCAGGAGUUCCCCUGCCCAGAGACCGCGUGGUGGCCUUGGGAAGCAGGCGCCAGGCUCUGGCACGCCUAACCCUGCGACCACCUCAUCGGUCCCACACUGCCCCACCCCCACCGGGGCUCCCAGAGCCCUUCCCACUGCUCCUCUAUGAAUGAUAAGUCCUGGUCCCCUACCUCAUGUCCUCACUUGGGGAUGCCGCCAA